GCCACAAAGAAUUCUUCCUGUUUUGGUUCCUCCCUGUAAAAUACUUCAUUGCAAUAUUUACUAGGAGUAGGAGGACUGUUAGGAGGAAGAAAAGUGGGGAAGUGAUUAGAGGUCACAGAGGAGGGGACUGGGUGACAUCCCGCGAUUACAUAAACUCACAGGGGCUGUCAAAGAGAGCAAACAAGCGCGUGAAACUUGGAAACCAGAGAACACCGCUGUACAGAAAAGAGCCUGAAGCCGUUUUCAGAGCCGGCCUGGGCCAUCGAAACUCUCAGAAUCUACCGACCAUGGAGCGUCAGCUUGGCUUGUUUCUGUUGUUACUGACGCUGGCGCACGCCUUCCCUGCCACGCCAGAGCCCUGCGAGCUGGAUGAGGACAGUGUCCGCUGCGCCUGCAACUUCUCAGAUCAGCAGCCGAACUGGUCCAGCGCUUUUCUGUGUACCGGGGCGAUAGACGUGGAGUUCUACGGCGGCGGCCGCAGCCUGGAACAUUUUCUAAAGCGUGUGAACACCGAAGCAAACCCGUCGAAGGACAUCACAGAUGUGCUCCAGUCCCUGCCGUGGGAGCGGCUUACCUUGGGGAACGCGCGGGUUCCUGCUCCGAUGCUAUUCGGAGUCCUGCGUUUGCUCGGGUUUACCAACCUCAAGGAAUUAACCCUUGAAAACCUCGAGGUAACCGGCACCGCGCUGCCGCCGCUCCUGGAAGGCUCCGGACCGAAUCUCGACACCUUGCGCCUCAGCAACGUGUCGUGGGCGACAGGGGAUGCCUGGCUCGCAGAACUGCAGCAGUGGCUAAAGCCGGGACUCAAGGUAUUGCAUAUUGCCCAAGCACACUCACUCAACUUUUCCUGCGAACAGGUCCGAGUCUUCCCCGCUCUUGCCACCUUAGACCUGUCCAAUAACCCUGAAUUGGGCGAGAGAGGACUGAUCUCGGCUCUGUGUCGGAGCAAGUUCCCGGCCCUCAAAGUUUUAGCGCUGCGCAACGCCGGGUUGGAGACGCCCAGCGGCGUGUGCUCUGCGCUGGCCGCGGCAAGUUUGCAGCUGGAAGAACUGGACCUUAGUCACAAUUCACUGCGGGAUACUGAAGGCUCCCCCGGGUGUGACUGGCCUAGCAAGCUAAACUCGCUCAAUCUGUCUUACAGUGAACUGGAGCAGGUUCCUAAGGGACUGCCAGCCAAACUCCGCGUACUUGAUCUCAGUUACAACAGGCUGUAUAGGCAACCUAGGCCAGAUGAGCUGCCCAAGGUGGUUCACCUGUCACUUACAGGAAAUCCCUUCUUAGACUCUGAGCCCCACUCGGAGGGGUACAACUCUGGCGUAGUCGUAGCCCCAGUGCGUUCAUCCCUGGCAGUGGGUUUGUCGACAACGUUGGCUGUUUUCCAAGGAGCCGGCCUUUUUGCCUAGUGCCAAAGGGAGAAAAAAAAUGAACAUUUAGCCGGGCGGUGGCGCACGCCUUUAAUCCCAGGCAGAGGCAGGCGGAUCUCUGUGAGUUCGAGACCAGCCUGGUCUACAAGAGCUAGUUCCAGGACAGGCUCCAAAACCACAGAGAAACCCUGUCUCGAAAAACAUUUACAUUGUCCUGGCUUCUAAGGGUCCUGGUCAGGUUGAUCAGAACUUCUUGACCAACGAAUCCUCUGUCUUACAGUUAUUAAAAUCUUAAACCACGAUGUAAGGGAAAAAAGACAGUCUAGAUGGCUAAAUGGGUAAAGGCCACCAAGCUUGACCCUUGAUUUUGAUCCUCAGAAUCCACAUGGAAGGAAAGACCUCUGUCCUGAAAGUUGUCCAUCUGACUAUUACACACGUGCUGUGACACAAUUGUGUGUGUGCACACACGUGUGUAUGUGUAUACAUACAUACAUGCUCACAAAAUAAAUAUUUUUAAAAUAACAAUCUGCUGGUUUUGUCUGAUUGGAAUUUUGUUGUUGUUUGCUUGUCUGUUGAGACAGUCUGGCUAUGUAGCCCUGAUUGGCCUCAAGAGUCCACGUCAUUCACUCCACAGGUCUUUACUGAGUAUCCU